CACACAUUCUCCCAACUUCACAAUCCACAUACUUUAAGCACUAUUUGUGUUUCUAACUCUGCUUUGAUCAUGGCUGAAAAUGAUGUGAAACUAUUAGGAUCAUGGCCUAGUACAUUUGUUAUGAGGCCUCGUAUCGCGCUUAACGUAAAAUCAGUGUGUUAUGAUUUCUUGGAGGAACAGUUAAGUUCUAAGAGUGAUCUUCUCCUUAUAUCAAAUCCAGUUUACAAGAAAAUUCCAGUUCUAAUUCAUGAUGGGAAGUCCAUUUGUGAAUCACUCAACAUUGUUCAGUAUAUUGAUGAAAAAUGGACUAAUUCUGGUCCCUCUAUUCUCCCCUUGGAUCCUUAUGAUCGUGCCAUUGCUCGAUUUUGGGCAUGUUAUAUUGACGAUAAGGUACACAUCUCUCUUUUGGUUUCCAUUAUUCCGUUCCUUUGCGGUUGCCCAAGGAGAGGAUGCCAUAAAAACAGCACUAGAGCCAGUGUUCGACGGUCUGGUGUUGUUGGAAGACGCCUUCAAGAAUUGCAGCAAAGGAAAGAAGUUCUUUGGCGGAGACAAAAUUGGAUACGUGGACAUUGCACUUGGAUGCUUCUUAGGUUGGAUGAGGGUGAUCGAGAAGAUGAACAACGUCACACUACUUGAUGAAGCCAAGACUCCAGGUUUAUACAAUUGGGCUGAAGAUUUUUGUGCUGAUAGUUCUGUCAAAGAUGUCAUGCCUGAAACUAAUAAGCUUGCUGAGGCUGCUAAGAACCUUAUACCCAAAAUCAGAGCUAAUGCAUCUAGCUAAAUCCACACGCCACGUUUAGCCUAUGAAGCCUCGAUAUCUAUUCUUAAUCUCUAAAGUCUAGCUAAGACCAUAUAUGGAAAUAACAUUUGGUAUUGUGUAAAAAACUACUAAGAAAUGAGUACUAUGAAGCCAAGAUCUACUAUUUAUAGGUUAA